UGGAGCGUCCGCUGCGGGGGCUUUGUUGGGAAGUGGAGUGUGUUGUUGAGGCGGCGACAGAACAAUAAGAAAACCCACUCCCACUCACACAGGCUCCUGAGCGGUGACUCAUGUCAGCGCGUUGGGUGUUGCUGCGGGGGCUUCCUGACCCCUGGCUCUGGACAAAAGGCAGGAGGCUGAAGAAGGUCCUGCAACAAAGUGAGGGAGAGCAACAUGCCGUCAGGGGGAAAUGUCUGCGGAGACGAGGGAGAGCCGAGCAGCGCCACUGAGGCCCAGCCUCUGCCGGCCCCCGCUCCUGGAACAGAGGCCUCUCAGGACCCGGACGCGUCACAGAAGGCUCAGCGUGACCUCCUGAGGCCAACGUGCCCUCUGUGCGGCCUCCCGCUCCCUGAAAACAGACUGAGAUCUGCCUCGCCGACUCCCAGCCGAGCGCAGGGAUCAGAGGCGUCGGCGCACAGCGGCGCCAAAGGCAAAGGCAGAAGGCGGAGCAAGAGAGGCGGGGCUGGAUCCCACCAGGCGGCUCCUACGCCUGCAGACUCCUGCUUCCAGCUGCUGCUGGCGUGCCUGUGGUGCCGCUUCUCUGCGGCGCUCCUGGGUCUGCUGGAGGCCUGCUCCUCCUGCUGCCUUCUGGGCCUCUGCUCGCCCUGCUGCUGCCACGGCUGCGCCCGCUGCUGCUCGGCCGUCCUGGACACGCCCGCCGAGGAGCUCGGCUGCCCCGCCCACUGCCACUCGGCGCUGUUCGAGUCCUGCUGCGAGCCCACCGAGUGCCUGGAGUUCUGCCUGGACUGCUGCGAGAUCUGCCACCGCAGCUAGGCCUUGUGAUGGGAUGCACAGCGUUGGAAACAAAACAAAAAAAGUUUUGCACUUAUCUUCAAUAA